AUGUCACUGUGUUUAAAUACCUGUCGUUUACCUGAGUUGCAAGAUUAUUUGCGAGCAAGGGGCGUUACGGUGUCGGGCUAUAACAAACGCACCUUGAGGGAGAUCGCAAUCGCUGUUAAACAGCUGGAUUUACCUGUUGACCCAGAUUUUCGUAGAGAUUCUGUUUAUAAUGACAUACAAUCAAAACUGAAGAAAGCCGGCCUUCCAAAUGAAGAUCCUUUAAAAAUGGAUGGGUAUACGUCAGAUUUUGCGCAUAUUCCAGAUUUCGGACUCAUAGAUGUUUUUAAUUAUUUAAUAUUUAACAAAUCUGAUUACGAUGGACGAAAACUGAAGGGUUACAAAUCCUUUGAGGACUACCGAUUAUUUUAUGACGGACAUGUAGAGAGUCUGUUGUUUAACCCGCUUCAGGAAACUGAUAAAAUUUGUCUUUUCAAAGCUAAAGUGAAACCAACACAGAGAGAUAAAACAUAUCUCAAUAAAGAUUUUUAUUCAUUGUGGUUUUCACUUGAUAAAGAAGAUGGUGAUGUUAUCACAGGGCAUUGUGAGUGUUUGGGAGGGUCAGAUGGGGCAUGCAGACACCUAGCUGCAGCUCUUUAUGAGUUGGAGGCAUUUCAGGCCAAGUCAUGCACUGAUGGGGAAAACCAGUGGAAAAAAAGAGCUCGUAAGCAUGACAUCUCCUUGCCAGUAAGACAUCUUACUGUUACGAAAGCCAGGGAAACCCCACAUUGA